GUUAAUGGAUUCGGUCCUACCCAUUGGCUCGUGUGAAAUCGCGGUUCGCGUUAAUUCAGUCUCAUUAAGGCAAAUUAGAGGCAGCAGCAAGCAAAAGAGGAAUAAUCAAUUGAAAUCAGUACAAUCAUCUGCUGCUUCUGGUGUGGAAAAAUCAAAGUUUGUGGAAACGACGACGCGUACACGACGGUUGGUCGGAAAAGUGAUAAAAGUGCAUUUUGGAUUCGCUGACCGCAAGAAAAAGAGGUGAAGAAUUGUGCCAAAAAAAUAUGCUAGCACUCCGAGCAAAGGUGAAAUACUUUCUCGGGCUGGUUCCAUGAAUGAAAACCAGUAUUCGGAACAGAAAAAAAAUUGUGUGAUACCUUCGUGUGUUCUUCUCUCUCUCUGCAUGAUUCCAUCGAAUGAUUUCGGACGCGUGUUAAUUGGUAAACUUGGUGCGAUAUUUACGCUAAAAUCAUCACUGCAUGGAAGAGCACAGGAAACGUAGAAAUGACGAAACUGAUGUUAGCACGUGGUUGAAUUUGAUCCGGACGAAUCUUAAAAGUAUCUACAGAUAAAUAACCUCCCUCCCGCAAUCAACGAGGGCACACCGCGACUGAUCACCACCAAUUUUUACGACUCGUCAUCACCCGGCCCCCGUCCCGGCCCCAUCAAUCCCUCAUCACACAGAAGAAGAAGAAAAAAGCAAAACAUUCCAUCUACGGGAGAAAACAACUUCACGAAAGAGGAAGGAGGAGGAGGCAGCGAGAUUAAUCUGCCGCGCGUCGAGGUGAAGGCAUUAAAUUAAUUAACGGAGACCUCCUCGAUCGCGCGAAGGGAGUGUCCCAUCCAACAGAGAAAGAGAAAAAGAGAACACGCUCGCUACCCUCAUGAGGUCGAUCGGCACCUAGAUUGCCCCGGAUGACGACGGCGGCUUUCCCGACCCGUCACAACAGCGCACCGGAGGCCUCGUCAUGAAGCGGCGACCCCCAAAACCACAACCGAAGUCACGAUCGGUCGUCCUCCGUGUGAUGUUCGCAGUGCCACGCGAUCGGGCCACCGCCAUGAGUAGCUGAAUGCGGGGCGCGCACAAACUACACACAAACGCCGAAGAGAACUGAGUGCUAUUCUCUUCACUAUCUGUGAUUAAAGCAACACACAUUCCAACACCUCGCGGUUCACUAAACAAAGAAGGAAGAAGACUAGGCGAGAGGAAGGCAGAGCGACAGAGGAGAACGUUAGAUUUAAGGAUUUUAAGCAAACACACACUUUCACAAAAAUGUCCCAAGGAAACUAUGUCAGCAAAUAUGCCGGUGAAUUUUGCAAACUGGUCGUCGAGGGGGACCUGGCCAAGAUCAAGUCCAAGUUCAAGGACUUUGUCCUGGACUACCAGACGCCGGAAGAUCUCAACACCCCGCUGCAUCUGUCGAUCAUUGCUCAGCAGAAUCGGAACGAGAUCAUGCAGUUCCUGAUCGAGUCCGGUGCGGAUUGCGAUCUACGGAACUCGAUGAACCUAACCGCUUCGGAACUGGCAAUCAAUCUCAACUUUCUCGACGUGACCAAAUUCAUGCUGGCUAUCGAGUUCCGGAACCUCUCCGACUACCGGUGUUUCUAUCGCUUGAUUCGACGCGGAUCGGUACCGUUGCUGCAGCUGUUCCUUGAGCUGAAGAGCUUCGACGUGCACCAGCAGAUCCACUACGUUUCCAGCGUUUGGCACGAACUGUACGUGAAGAACGUUCAGAUUUCGAAGAAUAUGGAAAAUUUCCUGGAAUAUCAACUGCUCAACUACAGCUAUGCAUAUCAUCAUCCACCGAAUCAGAAACCGGACCGAUUAAAGUUCGACAAGGAGCACGAGAACCGAAUCGACCUGAUCGUGGAGUACACAAAGUACCUCACCGAUCACUACGCCACCGACAAUCUCAACGACUUUGACGACAAGUUCCUACUCGCAAUCAAAAUUAUCUACGACAAUCUGUUCUUCAUCAAGGACAAACACGAAUUCGCCCAUCUACCGAUGCUGGAAAUCGAACGGUGUCUAGCAAUCUUCCUGGCCAUCUUCAAGAAGACACCAGACUACGAAAUCUACAAGCUGAUCAUCAAUAAGAAGCAGCUGUUGGUGUUUCUAACGGCGAUCUGCGACGAGCUAGACAAAAUCAAGAAGGAUCUGCUGGACAAGGAGAACCGUCUUCAACAAAAGUGGACAAACGACCUAUUUCUGCAUCUCAUCAACUGCAUUCGGGACGCAGCACCGGCCAAGUCCACCAAAGCGAUCAACUCGCUAUGGAAGAAGAAAUGUCCACUGAAGAAGAAACUCAUCUACUACAUCAAAGCACGUAUUAAAACCAACACAGAACUGAACUCCAUCCAGGCUCGGCUGAUCAAUAACCUGUCCAAAAACGAGCUGGAAAUGAUCCGGAUCGAAAUGAAGACCAAGGAGUUUCUCAACCUCACACGAACUGUAUCGCGAAAAAACUACGUAGUUUUCAAGCGACUCCGCAAAACCUCCGAUCACCUAGCUCAGCUGUACGCCAUCAAGAAGAUUCUCCGCUAUCUGGACGGCAUCUCCCGAGUACAGCUACCGCAGUAUCAAGUAUCCGGAAUUCUCGCGAUCAAGCGAACGCUUCAAAUCCUAUCAGAAGUCACCAACAGUACAAAAUACAGUCCCCGAAUCCAGCGUAAGCUGGAGUACGUAGUCAACAAAAUCCUACCGCUAAACCUGGACGUCGACUUGAAGGACUACUACGCUCCCAACGUCACCCUGUACAAACUGUGCUCGGACAAGCUGGAGAACCGGCUUAUGCCGUUCGCCGAAGUGCAAUGCAGUCUCAAAUCCGUUCGGCGAUACUUUUCCUACAUCUUCGACCUGAAGAUCCUGGAAGCGUACAAAUGCUACCUGGGAAACGUCUUCCAACUGAAGGACCGAGUUCAGGUCAAGUCCUACAACCAGUACGUCGGUGAAGCGAAUCGACUGUACUUUGAGAAUCACACCCUGGAUGAUCUGUACUUUGAGCUGGAAGAUUGUAUACGAGUCGUGGAGGAACUGCAGGACACGUUCAACCAACAGCACGACGAAAAGAUCUGUGAUCUACUAAGGUGCGUCCAUAAGCCACUAGCCAAUCGGUACGAGUCGCUGCUCAAGGAGGGGAGAGACCAACUUGCCACCAUCAGCUCGAACUUCAACACCAGUUUACUGUUGGGAACGGCCAAUCAGGAUAUGGCGAAGGUCAAGCGGAUCGUGCGGUCAUUCCUGACCGAAAACUACCCAAAAUACGACAUAAGCUCCGACAGCCACCUGGUGAGCGUUAACUUUGUCCUCCAGGAGAUGUUGCAUCUAUUCACCAACUAUCUCUACCAGUACCAGAUGGACGAACGGGUCGCAAAGAACUUCAUCACCAUGAUCUGCACGUUGAAUGUCGAGCGAUACUUUGCGAUAGAUCAUUUCCUACCCCCCAGAGGGAAGGAAUACGAAAACCUCAUCCAUCAGAACUACACCAACGAGAUGCUGAAAAAAUUCAACCUUCAGAACCUCAGCUCGAUUGAGUUUGCCGUACUACACGAACAGUUGGCGAUCAACUACUACGACAACUGCUUCAACCUGGACAAAAAGUACGCAGUGUUGACGAUGUUCAUGAAGACGACUAACCGGCAAAUCAACGAUGCCAUCGUCAAGCGCAAUAAGCGGAUGGAUCGGGAAGAGUUUCAGUCCUAUCUGGAUAACAAACUGAAGCUGAUCGGUCAGUUCCUACCGUGCAGUGACUUCAACGAAGUCACCCAGUUCAUCAACGAAGCCGCUCCACACGUCGAGUUCACUUUGGAGUUCUGCCUGCUCGAGAUAUGCGAGAUCCUCACGGAUCUCAGCGUUUUCCAGGACAACUCCUACGUACUAAAGCUGCAAUCAUCCAUCAUCAGCGGACGCAACUUGCGGGAGUAUCUGCUGCAUGACCCAUUGGUGUUCGAUAUGCUUACGUUGACGCACAGCACCAAGGUGAAGGUCUUCCUGAAUGGGUUAAUCUUCAAGAGCAACGACUUCAAGCUGUACCAACCGCCGAACAAUCUGAAGGUUAACGUUAGCGAUUUGGCAACGAUCAACGAGAACCUCAUCAACAGCUACAAGAUGAAGUGGAGCUGGGUGGAACAGCAGGAACGACUGUUCAAAUCGGUGGAGAACAUCGAUCUCAAACUGCUGCAGGCAUUGACACCGGACUAUGCGGACAUUCGGGGGAUGAGACUGGGACCGUUGCAGGAGGAGGCGCCAAUUGCCGAGUACGAGAUUGUAGACUAUACGAUUAAAAACAACCUGAAGGCGAUGAUCGAUUUCCUGGCGGAGGACGUCCAGGCGAUUUCGUUCGAGAAGCAGCAGUUCUUCCAGUACUUGCUAGUGCGAAGCUUUGGAUCGAUGUUCGUGGAUGCCCACGUUAAUCUGACCGGGCAGUAUGAACGGCAGGCCACGAUCCUGUACAUGGCACUGUACUUUCGAGCGUAUGAAAUUUUCCUGGAUAACGUGAAGAAGUUUGAACUGAGCAUCAACCUAUCCAAAAUUGCCAAGUACAUCAAUCAUGAGUUUAUCGAUAAGAUCUCUAAGCAGAUGAAGGACAUCGGGUGGAGCUGCCAGGACGAAAAUGGAGUCACGGUGCUCGAUCAGUGCAUACAGAAGGGAGACGUGCAGGCGAUCAAGAAGUUGAUCAAGCUGAACGUGGAUGUAAAUCAGUGCAAUGCGGAUAGUACGACGGCGCUGCACCGGGCGUGCAGUCUGGGGAUGAGUGAUAUCGUAAGGCUGUUGAUCAAGCAGAACGUCCAAAUCGGGGCGGUGAAUGAGGUGGAUUGUUUGCCCUUGACCUACGCGGUGCAGUACGGUGAGAAUGACCUCAUUCCGAUGUUGAUCAGCGACGAGACCGAUGUAGGAUCGGAACAAUUUGGGUUGGUCCGACGGGCGGUGAAGUAUGGGAAUUUGGAUGCAUUGAAGUUCCUGCUGGACAUCCGGCACGUUGGAUUGAGCGGGCGGUUGGAUCAGGAAGGUAACACGUUGCUUCACCUCUGCGCGGUUUACGAUCAGGUGGAGAUUAUGAGGUACUUGUGGGGAAGUCACACGAAGUACGUCCAGGAGAAUUUGAACCGGCAGAAUUGUUACUUGAAGACUGCGUUGCACGUAGGAGUGAGUUGCGAUCGGUACGAUGUUGUGGAGAUGUUGUUGCAGCAGAAGGCGUCCGUGACGGUGACGGAUCAGAGUGGAUUGAACGCUGUGGAGUGGGCUUUGGAAAGGAACAGCGUUAAGAUGCUGAAGUUGUUCGUUAAGUACAAUUUUGGGCAGCAGAAAAGCUUAAUUCCGCAGCUUCCGCUGACGAUCGCUGUGGAGAAACGGAACAUUAGGAUGCUGAAGCUGUUGAACAAGAUCGGAUACGGUUUGAGUUCGGAGCCGCUAUGUUUGAUUAAGGCAGUGUACGCGCAGUCCGUUGAGCUGGUGAAGUACUUGGUGGAAAGUAACAAGCACUGUCUGAACUACAGGGAUCCCUACGAUAGCACAGCGCUUCACGUGUCGAUCGCGAUCGGAUGCAACGAAAUUGCUGCCUAUCUGAUCGAAUGCGGGUCGGAAAUCAACGCCGUGACGAAAUUUGGAGAUACGCCACUGCACGUGGCCGCCAAACACUGUAACAUCAUAGCUGCGCGGAUGUUGAUCCUGAAGUACGCAGCCAUAGACGAGCGAAACUCAUCCGGAUUAACUCCGCUGGUGCAGGCCAUGUAUUCGAGAAAUUUGGACAUCAUGAAGCUACUGAUAGGGGCCGGGGCGAACAUUGAGCUACUGAAGAUUCACCUUGCCGAGAUCGAGCAGAUGUCGAAGAUCCCAACGAUCCACAUGUUUGCCGACAACUACGGACUGCUAGAGUUUAUGAUCCUCCAGCUGCAGUACGAUCCGAACGUACGGGAUGGCCGAAAUCAGCAGAAUCUACUCCACAAGGCAUGCUACAGCAACAACCUGCAGAUCGUUCAAUUUCUGGUUGAUUGGUGCCGGGUGCAAACGGAACAGCAGGAUUCGAACAGCCGAACGCCGCUGGCCAUCGCCAACGAGUGCAAGAACUUCGAGGUAGCGGAGUUUCUACGCGGUAAGAAGAGGAAAAAGUCCCAGAUCACCCCGCAGCGGUACUUCGAUCCGACGGGGAUAAUGUGAGAUCCGAUGCCACCAGCGUUUCCUUUCCCAGUGAAUUACUACCCAUUUCCUUAGCCCUAGUUCCGAGACGUUGACGAUUUCCGUACGCUUAAGGCAGAAGAUCUUGCCUUUUAAUGAUAAUUGCAAUGGAUAGUGUCUCAAGCCGUAGGAUGGUCUCCGGUCGUUCAGCACCGUGUGCUGCUCCGAAGAUCAACUGGCUUACUCAGAGUUUCCGUACGGAAGUCAUCAACGUGAAUCGCGAACUAGAAACCCCUGCCGAAAGGUGAUCCCAUCUGCGGAAGCUCUUCUGGAGCUGGAUUCGCUGGGUUUUGAUUGAAAGUUCCUCCUUUUUCGUAAGGUUAUCCCAAUGCGUCCCGAGGAUUCAUUCCACUGAAUUUCUGCGGAGAUCAUCCGCAGAAUGAACUCAUUUAGGCGUUUUUUACACACUGUUUUCCCCUUGUGGAAUCGUCGGUUACUUAUUGCGAUAACCUUACCCACUCUUAGCAUUACUGAAAUCUGAGUCGAAUCCAGCUGUAGAACCGGGGCUUCCGGAAGUCCGGGAACAAGCCAUCAGCGAGCUUUCUCCGUACAUUCGAGGCAAACCUCCGUUCGUUCUAGUCAGUGUGGGAUGUGUGUGAGUGCCAUUCGUUUCCCAAGAGAUGAACCCCGAAGAUCGUCGUCUGCGAACAGAAACCAACAAGUACCAGCGAACGUUUGCCCUUGGAUUUCCCACCUUCAAAAUCCCCCAGAAAUAUCCCAGUGAGAAUUUAAAUCCCUGCAAUCUCUUGACCAGUUCUGUAAUCUCGAAAUUUAAGAAUUCUUUUUUUGUUUUGUAUUUGUUAGUUAAAAAAAUAAGAAGAAGGGAAGCUGGUAGAAAUCGGAAAUCUGGCAACUCUUGCCAGAGAAACAGACCGUAGUAGAAAGAGCAACAUUUUAUCGAUAUCAAUGUAAUAUGAAUAUAUCUCAAGAAAAAAAACUAGCUUUCUUCUAAAGGAUAAUCUACAACAAGCAGAAAAAAAAAUAGUUUUAAUCGUGAUUUACUGUGUAAAAGUGUGUGAAUUUGCGCAUUGCAUAAAAGAGAUCAUGGUAGAGAUCAGAUUUUAGGAACGCUAAAAAAUUAGAGUGGAACAACAUUCCUUUUGUAGUAAUCGAUAGCGAUUGUAGUGAUAAGACAUUUAUUUUUUUCUAUAGUAACUAAGACUAUGCAACAGACAAGAUAAAAUUACACAAAUACACACAUAAUGUAAUAUGAACAAGAAAUGAGAAACAGUUUUUAUCGUACCUUUAAGUAACGAAACCUCGCAUAUAUUUUCGUUCCGGCGAUCGGCAGCGCCGCUCGGUCCCGAUUCGAUCGAAUCCGAACCGUUGUCGAGUUGAAAUUACUACAACAAAAAAAACCUCGCAUCACAACCCUGGCAAUGGUCGAUUUCCGAUUCUGGUACGCCGAAACGUUGACCGAAGCCGCCGUGAACGAAAACAAAAAACUAUAAAAUAUAAAUUAUUUAUUAGGUAGACACUUGUUAUGCAUGCACCAAAU